AUGGAGACUCUGGAUAGCCAGAGGGUCCAGGACCGCCUGCUGGCAGCCCCAGGAUGCAGCUCCCCUCCUGGCCCACAGGAACUCUUUUCCAGUCAUGUGAUGCAGGAAGAGAGCGCAAAUGAUAUGGAAUGUGAGCAGCUGCCAGCAGAGAUACUGCGACAAGUGACCGUUCAUCGAGACCCUAUAUAUGGCUUUGGCUUCGUGGCUGGCAGUGAGAGGCCUGUGGUGGUUCGAUCUGUGAGGCCAGGAGGCCCCUCUGAGAACAAGCUCCUGGCUGGUGACCAGAUUGUGGCUAUUAAUGAGGAAGACGUGAGUGAAGCCCCGAGGGAGAGGCUCAUAGAACUUAUCAGGAGCGCUAAGGAAUUCAUCGUUCUUACAGUUCUGCACACUCAUCAGUCCCCCAAAUCUGCUUUCAUCAGUGCUGCGAAGAAGGCCAAGCUGAGGUCCAAUCCUGUGAAGGUUCGAUUUUCUGAACAGGUGGCAGUUGGAGAAACAGAUGCAAAAAUGAUGAAGAAAGAAGCUCUCCUCCUCAUCCCCAACGUCCUGAAGGUUUUCUUAGAAAAUGGGCAGAUCAAGUCAUUCACAUUUGAUGGUCGGACCACUGUUAAGGAUGUGAUGGUAACAUUACAGGACCGCCUUUCCCUGAGGUACAUUGAGCACUUUGCUCUUGUCCUUGAGUAUGCCGGACCAGAACAGAAUCACAAGUUUCUGCUUCUUCAGGACAAGCAACCCCUGGCUUAUGUGGUACAGCGGACACACUAUCACGGAAUGAAAUGCCUCUUCCGAAUAAGCUUCUUUCCCAAAGACCCUGUGGAGCUGCUGCGUCGGGAUCCUGCUGCUUUUGAGUACCUGUACAUCCAGAGUCGGAAUGAUGUUAUUCGAGAACGCUUUGGAAUGGAUCCCAAGCCAGAGAUGCUUUUGGGCCUUGCUGCGCUCCACAUCUAUAUCACUGUCUCGGCCACUCGACCUAGUCAGAAGAUCUCGCUCAAGAAUGUGGAGAAGGAAUGGGGCCUGGAACCCUUUCUUCCCCCCUCCCUCCUGCAGGGCAUCAAAGAGAAGAACCUCCGGAAAUCUCUGUCUCAGCAACUGAAGGCUCACCAAACACAUCCUUCCUGCGGCACCAAGGGCUCUGCAAUUCAGGCAAAGCUCCAGUAUCUACGAAUUCUGAAUGAACUUCCUACCUUCACAGGCGUUUUGUUCAACACUGUGGGCCUGGAUGAGAAGCAGUCGGCCACCACUCUCCUGGUGGGACCCCGUCAUGGCAUCAGCCAUGUUAUUGACCUCAAAACCAACCUCACCACUGUGCUGUCCGAGUUCAGCAAGAUCAGCAAGAUCCAGCUGUUCCGGGAGAACCAGGGUGUGGCCCGGGUGGAGACCAGCAUCAUGGAUGCCAAGCCUCUGGUGCUGUUGAUGGAGUGGCCUGAAGCCACCAACUUUGCCUGCCUGAUCGCGGGUUACUGCCGCCUCUUGCUGGAUUCCAGGAAGAUGGUCUUCUCCAGGCCUGCCAGCCAGCCACUUCCACCUCCAAUGAUCAAGGCAGAUUACAUGCACAGCGCCCACCGCCCUGUCACUGGGGGCCACCUGGGGAAAAAGGAGAGUAGUUAUGUGGGCAGCGUGGGCACCAGCCCCAGGAAAUCGAGCCGCUGCACACCCCCACCUGCCGACUCUGAGCUUGUCAGCUUCUGCUACCUCCAUAUGCGGGAACAAAGAAAGGAGCAGGAAAGUCGGACAGAUGUCAAUGAGAACCUAAUCUUCUUUGAGGAGACCAGGCCCCGAACCAAGUCUGACCCCACAUCCAAAAGUUCCGGCCAAGGUUAUGAGGUAGUCCCUGAUGACUUUGAUGCAGCUAGCCUAGACCAUGAGCCUUGUGCCAGCAGGGCCCGGUCCUACACCUUGGACAAUUCCCUUGGGGCUGAUGCCCUGAAUUUCUACUGUGACUCUUGCAAAGCCAAGCUCCAGGAGCAGCUGGGCCCUCGCAAAGGUGGGAAGCCUGGCUCGUCUCGUGACAAUAUAGUAGAUUUGAUGUCCCUCCCACCACCUGGGAGUGAGGAGGAGGAGGAGGAGGAAGAUGAGACAACUUCCCUGUUGCCAGCCAUUGCUGCCCCACCCCCUGGUUUCCGAGACAACAGCUCUGACGAGGAUGACCCCAAGCGCCGGGCUGUCCAGAGCCAGGAACAAGGACGCCACCUGCGUGGGCUUCUGUACGAUGAGAUUCCAGUGACAUUGAUUGACAGUGUGCAGACCCGGACAGUUCGAGAUCAUGCCCAGGAGCUAGAUGAUGCCCUGGUGUCCACUCUGCAGGCCCUGGAAGCCCUGGCUGCAUCCGAGGAUGGACCACACCCACCACCCCCACAGACUGCAGGUCUGAUUGUGCUGGCCACAAUCACUCCUGAAUCAUCGCUGGACUCGGGUCAUGAAACCAACUCUUCAGAGCUCACAGACAUGUCAGAGAUGAUGUCGGCCAUGAAGCAGCACCAGAACACCACCUACUUCCUGGCCCAGCACCUCAACAAGGACAGCCUCCUUGCCCGCAAGGACCUGCCCUUCCGGAUCCAGAGCUGUGCAGCCCAGGCCGUUCUUACGGCCCCUUACUCUCUCGGGCGCCCGGAUCCCAACCCAUCUCUCCAACCCAUUGCCACAGGCCAGAGUACUGGCCCCACUGGCGCUCGGAGGAAGCUGCCCCAGUCAGAGGGCCAGGUACAGGGAGAACGAACAUACUCCUUGGCAGUGCACCCAGCACUGUCCCCACAGCUUAGUGAACAGAAGAAUCUGAGCCUGCUGUCCCCAGUUCCUGAGGACAAAGGGCCUGGCCACACUAGGGCAGGCCUAGAAAUGUCACUGAGGGCAGCCACAUCAUCCCUCAGUGAAGAGCAGGUCUCUGAGCUGAGGGACAACCUGCCCAAGGAGGUCAGGUUGAGCCCCAAGCUUAUCCUGGACCCAAAGGGCAGUGUGACCCCGGCCAUCAUCUCGGCUGCCCUACAGCAAGUGGUUCACAGUAAGAGUCUAGUCACUCCUGGUGGGGCUUUGGGGAACCCCCCCAGCAGGGGUGAGAGAAGGCUGGAGGCCAGCAUGGGGAGGCCAGAGGUUAGCAUGAUGAGUAGCAGUGCAAAUAAGAAUCUGAAGUUCAAAAUUAGCCCCAGUGCUCCAGAGACCUCACGGAAUUCUCAGCAUCAGCUGGGCGCAGAGGUCUCUUCCGGCCCCAGAGCACCCACAGGCAGCUGGGCUGAGAGCCUGCACCUCUCCCAACAGGAGGACAGGCUGCCUGUUCAAAAUUUCCCUCCCAAAAGCUAUCUUCUGCGAACAAGCCGAGAGUCAGUGGGCAAGCAAGCUACAGGGGACAUGGCAGGCAAAGGCGGGCCAGAGGGUGGUAAGCCCACCCUGCAGAAGCAGGGCACCAUCUCCAGCCAAGGUGAGAAGGCGCAGCUGGAGAGCACACCCAAAAGAAGCAAGCUCGAAGAGACCAGCCUGGUUCCCCGAGCUACCUACUCCAUGGCUCUGCAGAGCCCCAGCUGCCAGUCAAGAAGCCACAGCCCCAGCUGCCAGCCCCAUGGCCACAGCCCCAGCAGCCAGUCUCGAGGCCAGAGCCCCAGUUGCCAACCUCGAGGCCAGAGCCCACUGAGGUCUCAGGCUGCCAGCCGGCAGGUGAGCACCAUGCCCUCUAGGAAGCUUGAAACAACUCUCAAUGGAGCCCACUCGACCUCUGAAGGCCCUGCAAAACCCAAGUCAUCCCGAGGUCCUUUCCGGCUACGCAAUUUAUUCUCUGCCACCUUCCCAACCCGCCAGAAGAAGGAGACAGAUGAGCGGCAGGCCCAACUGCAGAAGGUAAAGCAGUAUGAGCUGGAGUUCCUUGAGGAACUUCUAAAGCCACCAAGCCAGGGGGAGCUGCCAGGCACCGAGUACCUGCAACCUCCAGCACCUGGCCGCUGCAGCUGCCAGCUCCGCAGCAGCCCCGUGCAGCAGGGGCCGGGAAUGUCCCGCGAGCAGAGGCGCAGCUGCGACUGCAAGCGCAUCUGCCGGGGGGGCCGGCCGCAAGCCACCCAGACACCAGUGCCCAGCCUCCGGGGGAGGGAAAGGGACAGGGUCCUCCCUAGCCAGAGGCAGCCAGAGGCUGGCCCAGGCGUGAGCCUCAGCAGCCCCAUCAAUGUCCGGCGCAUUCGUUCUACCAGCCUGGAAUCCCGAGAGUGCCGAUCGGACCCUGAGAGUGGUGUUUCGUGCCUGACCACGUGUGCCUCAGGGGGCGAGUGUCUGGGAGCUCCCAACUACAGGAAACUGAUGCGCCGCUACAGUAUCAGUGAACUGGACCAGGGUGACAGGGCCUCGCUGACCUCGGAUGUCUACCCACAUCCGCCCCUGGGCAUGCUGCCCAGGGAGGCCAAGGAGUUAGAGGCAAGCCUGCCCAUAGCUUUGGGUCCCAAAAGCAGGUCUCUGGAGUCACCGACGCUGGGAGACCUCUCCUACGUCCAGGUUGCCCCAGAGACCAAAGGCCCCAGACAGAUGGCCGUGUUCUCACUGCCCGCGGAGGUGUACCGGAAGCCUGCCGAGCUAGACGAGGACAGUGAGAGCAGCAAGUGCUGCUCCAUCCGCUACUGCUUCUACUACCGCAAGUGUGACAUGGCAGAUGAUGCCAGUGAUGGCAAGGAUGAGCUCUCUUACUCUAUCCCCAUGAAGAUUCUGCCUGGCAUGAAGCUGGACGAGCAGGUGGUGCCUGUGGUCAGCAGGACCCUGCAGGUGCUGGAUGCUGCUACCUGCAGCAGCAGCAGCCCUGAGGCCUCCCGCACUCAGGAGAUUGACCUCCGUGUGUCCACCUUCGAGGGGAGCCUGGCCAAGAUCAAUGCCCUGCGGGCUCAUGCCUAUGGCCUCCCUGAUGGCUUCCUGGCUGCCCGGCUGGACACCAACGAGCUGCUGACAGUCCUGCGGCAGUGUGUGGCCAGCCCCGAGGCCCGUGCCCCCAAGCCCUAUGUCUCUCAGAUCUCCGAGUAUAAGCUCGAGCUAGCUCUCAAGUUCAAGGAGCUCCGGGCCUCCUGCCGCCGUGUGGCCAAUGUGGACAAGAGCCCAACUCACAUGCUGGCAGCCAUCACGGGCAGCUUCCAGGUGCUGAGCAGCCUCAUUGAGACCUUCGUGCGGCUGGUGUUCAUUGUGCGCUCCGAGGCCCAGCGCCAAGAGCUGCUGGCCAAGGUAGAAGAGGUGGUGAGGAACUACACCUUCCUGCUGCGUGCAGCUGAGGAGUCCACAGCCCGUAACCUUAACCAGCAGCAGCAGCAGCAGCAGCAGCAGCAGCAGCAGCAGCAACAACAACAGCAGCAACAGCAGCAGCAGCAGCAGCAGCAGCAGGUGGCAGCAGCUGCAGGGGCAGCCACAGAGCACCCACCAGGCUCCCCAACUUCGGCGACUGUUAUGAGCACAUUCACCCACUCCUUAAAAACCCUUAUUAAGUAGGGCAUCUGCCCACACCUGUCCCCCUUCCCCAACCAUGGCCCCAGGUUUGAGCUUUGUGGUCCUUGCAUCUUGUGGUGAGUGUGUGUGUAUCUGCUGGGCCAGUCAGGGUCCAAGAGCCCAUCAGUCUCCAGGGAG